AUGGCCGACACUACGGUGGAAGACCCCUUGGCGAAUAGAGGGCCGGAGCUGAGCGGCACCACGACGGCGCUGCUCGUUCUCGCGACGGUGUUCGUUGGCCUGCGGUUCUGGGCGCGAUGGACGGUUGGCUUCCACUACGGCCUCGAUGACUGGUUCAUGGUCGUUGGACUGAUCGUCACCUUCAUGGCGGGUGCUCUCAACUAUGCCAUGAUUGCACAAGGCCUCGGACGCCAUGCCUCGACUCUCUCUCUGGACCAGCAGGUGCAGUUCCUCAAGCUGCUUCUGGCCUUUGAGUGCAUCUAUGUCACGGCAGUCAUGUUCAUCAAGAUCUCCCUGCUCCUGAUGUACCGUCGUAUCUUCCCGUCUCGAGGCUUCAAGAUCUCGGCCAUGGUCCUCGGCUUCCUCACCAUCGGCUGGUGGAUCUCGAUCGUCCUGGUCUGCGUGUUCCAGUGCACGCCCGUGGCCAAGGCGUACAUGCCGUGGAUCGACGGCACCUGUAUCGACCUCAAGGCGUCCUUCAUCGGAAACGCCAUCCCCAACAUCCUGACGGACGUCGCCAUUCUCUGCCUGCCUAUCAAGGAGGUAUGGAGGCUGCAGGUUACUAUGGUGCAGCGCAUCUCGCUGUGCUUCAUGUUCCUGCUGGGUGGAUUCGUCCUGUUCGCCAGUAUCUACCGCUUCACGACGAUUAUGCAGUUCCAGCUGACGGACACGACAUGUGAGUCGUUCGCCGCUUACAAGGUUUUACUCAUCCUGACAUCAAUAGGGACCCUUGCUACCGCCUGCACGUGGUGUGUCGUCGAGUGCGCCUGCGGUGUCAUCAGCGCGUGCCUGCCCACCCUUCGGCCGCUCAUGGUCAAGGUUUCAUCGCAAUUCGGCAGCAUCGCAACCAAGUACAACCUUUCCGGAGGCCAGAGCGGUGGCCGCAGCGGCGGCCGCGCGACCAAGAUGGGUAGCCGCGGGCCCACGGAACUCAUGACGAUUGGAGGAACCGGCGGCAAGUCGGCCGACAGAGGUUUCAAGCGUCUCGGCACCGAAGACGGCAAAUACGGCGUCACGACGAGCGUCACGGGGCGAUCUGAACGAGGUGGUAAGGGCCUACCCGACUCUGGCUCCGACGACGACCUGUCACUCAAGGGCGGCAUCCGCAUCAAGGUUGACCAAGAGGUCCGAUGGGGCGAGGAACAGUCGAAGUACAAUGAGUCAAAAUACCAGCCUUCCUCGAGAAGCGCCUCGUCCUCGGGUCUUGGCUCUCGACCGUAG